CAAGCCCCAGCCACCACAUCCACCUCAGGUCAACCCAUGAUGCUCACAAGGUCAAGGGCAAGCUUGUUCCACAUGAAGAGGAGAACCAUCAUUCCAGGUGUGACAGGGCUCCGUAACCUUGGCAACACAUGCUACAUCAAUUCCAUUCUACAAUCUCUGGGGUAAGACUUGCUGAUAUUCAGAUCAGUUUGGAUAUCUCUGUCUUUGUCCUUGCCACUUCAAUUUUCCUAGCAAAACAACUGCAGUGGUGAACAGAUUUUUAUAGUACUCACACUUUUGUCAAUAAUUACAAAAUGGUUUAUGGGUUUAUAUUCUUUCUUUGAUUCAUAUCUCACUGGCUGUUGAUUGGCUCACACAACAAACCAUACAAGGGAAGACAAAUUCAACUGAUGCUGACCUCGGUAGCGGUGGGCUUGGAAUAGCAAAUGUCUGUCGUAGAGUUUACAGGUUGCAGGUUUGGUUCUAAACAUGCAGAUGUACAUUUAAGGAUGACAGCCAUGUUGCCAGCCUCUAAUACAGAUGCCUUUCUUUUUGACAGCCAUGUUGCCAGCCUCUAAUACAGACGUCAUUCUUUUUGACAGCCAUGUUGCCAGCAUCUAAUACAGAUGCAAUUCUUUUCUUUGUGCAGGCACCUGGAGGACUUCAGGGAAUAUUUUUGCCAGUUGGUAUUUGGUCUGUUUUCCCCAAGUGGCACCCCGCUCCCUGGUUCAUCCCCUUCGAACCUUUCACCUCUGGCAGCCAGAAAUCUCCUCAGACUCAACACAAUUGAUUACUUCCAGGUAGGUGUGGCAUUAAAGUGUGGCACAGAAACUAGAUCUUGCUUAGCACAGACUUUAAGGGAUCAUCAUUUAAUGGUCUGUUUAUUAUGGUCUCUUGUCAAGGCAUUCUUCAUUUUGUGGACUGUGUACCUAACCUGAGCCAUUUCAUCACAUUUGUUCACCUUUCAAGUUAUCAAACCCAUCUUUUUUUUUUCCUGUUGAUUUGCUCUUGCUAGCAUUUGAACUACCAGCCAUCCUCGGAGCUAUUCACCCAUCCCACCAUUCCACCUGUACCGACAAUAAAACCUGUGAAGCCAAGCGGCGGUUUAAAUGGUGGGGGGAGUGGGGAAAACACGGAGGGAAUGGAAGAAAUGAGUUCAGAUCCUGUCAUCAAGGCCAAGGCAGAUACACUGAAAACCUUGUGAGUACCAGAAUGGAUGAUACCUAAGUAUGUCUGAUGUAAUGGCAGAUUCUUUGAGGGCAUGUGCUAGCUUUCAUUCUUAAUUUUGUUUCUUAAAAUUAGUUCGAAGAAGUAAAUUGAUAAAUUAUAGACGAGCGAAAAAAUGGAACAUCUUAAAUAAUUUUAAAAUAUUUUCUUUGACAAUUUACACUAAAAUAUCUGAGUUAUGAAUGCCAUUGCCAAAGUUGACUAUUUGUAAUGUGUGCUAUCCUCAUCACAAUAACACAAUUUCUCCAUUUGGCUAUUUGUCAUGUGUGCUAUCCUCAUCACAAUAACAUAAUGUGUUCAUUUGUUGCAGGUCUCUGUGUCAGGAAAUGCAUGGCUUGCUCCGAGUCUUGUGGUCGGGGAAGUGGGCGCAGGUCAGCCCCCAUGGAUUCCUCCACGCCAUAUGGAAGUACAUCCCUGUAUUCAAAGGUCACCUUCAGCAUGAUGCCCAGGAAUUUUUAUGGUAA